GAUACCCGGAAGCGCCAGAAGCAGCUCCUAGGAUGAGCUGGUGGCGGUGGCUGCAGCUGCUGCGGCGGCACUGACAGGACAGGAGCUCUAUGCCUUUCCGGCUGCUCAUCCCGCUUGGCCUCCUGUGCACGCUGCUGCCCCUGCACUAUGGUGCGCCAGGCCCCGACGGCACUGUGCCCGACUCCGCUCACUACAGGGAGCGAGUCAAGGCCAUGUUCUACCACGCCUACGACAGUUACCUGGAAAAUGCCUUUCCCUACGACGAGCUGCGACCUCUCACCUGUGACGGACACGACACCUGGGGCAGUUUUUCUCUGACAUUAAUUGAUGCUCUGGACACCUUGCUGAUUUUGGGGAAUGUCUCCGAAUUUCAAAGAGUGGUUGAAGUGCUCCAGGACAAUGUGGACUUUGAUAUAGACGUGAAUGCCUCCGUGUUUGAAACCAACAUUCGAGUGGUAGGAGGACUCCUGUCUGCUCAUCUAUUGUCCAAGAAGGCUGGGGUGGAAGUGGAGGCCGGAUGGCCCUGUUCUGGACCUCUCUUGAGAAUGGCCGAGGAGGCAGCCCGAAAACUCCUCCCAGCCUUUCAGACCCCCACUGGCAUGCCCUAUGGAACGGUGAACCUGCUGCAUGGCGUGAACCCUGGAGAGACCCCUGUCACCUGUACAGCAGGGAUCGGGACCUUCAUUGUGGAAUUUGCCACCCUGAGCAGCCUCACUGGUGACCCUGUGUUUGAAGAUGUGGCCAGAGUAGCCCUGAUGCGCCUCUGGGAGAGCCGGUCAGAUAUCGGGCUGGUUGGCAACCACAUUGAUGUGCUCACUGGCAAAUGGGUGGCCCAGGACGCAGGCAUCGGGGCUGGUGUGGAUUCCUACUUUGAGUACCUGGUGAAAGGAGCCAUCCUGCUUCAGGAUAAGAAGCUCAUGGCCAUGUUCCUAGAGUAUAACAAAGCCAUUCGGAAUUACACCCGCUUCGAUGACUGGUACCUGUGGGUGCAGAUGUACAAGGGAACUGUGUCCAUGCCGGUCUUCCAGUCCUUGGAGGCCUACUGGCCUGGUCUUCAGAGCCUCAUUGGGGACAUUGACAAUGCUAUGAGGACCUUCCUCAACUACUACACUGUAUGGAAGCAGUUUGGGGGACUCCCAGAAUUCUACAACAUCCCUCAGGGAUACACAGUGGAUAAACGAGAGGGCUACCCACUUCGGCCAGAGCUCAUUGAGAGUGCAAUGUACCUGUAUCGUGCCACGGGAGAUCCUACCCUCUUAGAACUUGGGAGAGAUGCUGUGGAGUCCAUUGAAAAAAUCAGCAAGGUGGAGUGCGGAUUUGCAACAAUCAAAGAUCUUCGAGACCACAAACUAGACAACCGCAUGGAGUCCUUCUUCCUGGCUGAGACUGUGAAAUACCUCUACCUUCUGUUUGACCCCACCAACUUCAUCCACAACAAUGGCUCCACCUUUGAUGCUGUGAUAACCCCCUAUGGGGAGUGCAUCCUGGGGGCUGGAGGCUACAUCUUCAACACAGAAGCCCACCCCAUUGACCCUGCUGCCCUGCACUGCUGCCGGAGGCUGAAGGAGGAGCAGUGGGAAGUGGAAGACUUGAUGAGAGAAUUCUACUCUCUCAAACGGAAUAGGUCAAGAUUUCGGAAAAAGAGGAUGAAUUCAGGGCGCUGGGAACCCCCAGAAAGGCCAGGAACCUUCUCCUCACCUGAAAACCAUGACCAGACAAGGGAGAAGAAAGUUGGCAAGCAGAAAAUCUCACUUCUCAGCUGCCCUAGUCAGCCUUUUACCUCCAAGUUGGCCUUGCUGGGACAGGUUUUCCUAGAUUCAUCAUAACCACUGGAUGAUUUUUUUAUUUUUUUUUUUUGAAACUAAACUAUAGUAAUAAAUCUGAUUUUGGCUAUUA